AUGUCGCCGCGGUGUCCCUGGGGGUGGCUCCCGGCUCUGCUGUCCCUGCUCUCGGCUGUCCCGGCUGUCCCGGCUGUCCCGGGGGGUCCCGGGGGGUCUCUGCCCCUCCCGGUCCCGGACGGGCGGAGCCGGGUCCUGCCCGCGACCCCCGGGACCCUCCCCGAGCUGCGCCGGCGCUUCCCGGUGCUGGCGCUGCUGCGGCCCCGGGACCGCGGGCACCGGCCCGAGGAGCUGGCGGCGCUCGAGCUGGUGGCACAGGCGCUGGAGCCCAGCGGGGUCGGACUCGCCCUCGUGGACACCGAGAAGGACCCGGAGCUGGCCCGGGAGCUGGCCGGCCCCUCCCGCCUGGCUCUGCUGCGGGGCUCGGCCGUCACCGAGUACCGGGGGAGCGGGGGCGGCGGCGCUGCUGCAGUUCCUGAGCCAGCCGGGCAGCAGCUCCGGGACUUUGGGGACAUCGAGGAGGAGCCCAAAGCCAUCGGGUACUUCGAGGGACGGGACUCAGAGCCUUUCCAGGCCUUCUCCGCCGCCGCCCAGCGCUUCCACCCCUCCCUCCUCUCUUUGCCACCUUCGACCCCCAGGGCCACUCUGCGGAAACUCAAAGCUCAGAGCGAGUCCGAGAGCUGGGAGCGGCAGGACGGGAUCCACGGCGUGGCCUUCGCCGAGGGGGAUGAUCCCGACGGGUUCGAGUUCCUGGAGAUCCUGAGGGAGGUGGCCCAGGAGCAGAGGGACAACCCCGACUUCAGCGUGCUCUGGAUCGACCCCAAUGAUUUCCCGACGCUCGUCCCCUCCUGGGAGGACACCUUCGACAUCGACCUGUCCCGGCCCAGCUCGGCGUGGUCAAUGGCACUGACCACUGUCACCCCUGUGUCACCUCAAGGUAACCCCAGUGUCACCCCCGUGUCCCCGUGUCCCCAGGCCCGCAGCGUGUGGCUGCCCAUGGAGGACGAGGACGAUCUGCCGGGGCCUGAGGAGGUCCUGGAGUGGCUCGAGGCCGUUCUGGAGGGGGACACUGGGGACAGCGACGAUGAUGGUGAUGAUGACGACAAGGACAUGAUGACGAUGACAAUGAUGAUAAUAGACAACAAUGAUAAUGACAAUGACAAUGACGAAGACAAUGGCAAUGAUGAUGAUGACGAGCGGCGGCACCGAGAGCCCGAGCGGCGGCACCGGCACCGGCACCGGGAGCGGCACCGGCAGCGCCCGCGGCCGGUAAGUGCGGGCGGGGAGGGGGCCCGGCCCCACCGAGAGACCCCCGGACCCACCGAGAGACCCCCGGCCCCGGGAGCGGCCCCGGCGCCGCACCGGCACCGGAUGGACCCGCGGCCGCCGCCUCCAUCCGCUCCCGGGGCCGCUCCCGGAGCCGCUCCCGGAGCCCCUCCCGGAGCUCUCCAGCGGCCCCGGACCGCGGUGAUGUCACCCCCCCUCUCUGUGUGA